CGGCACCAGGGGAAACUAAAAAGAAAAGUGCCCACACUGGAACCCUGCAUCUAAAGCCCUUUGAAUUCUGGGGCUGGGAUUCGCGAAAAGCCAGCUCUCUCUGAGGUCCCUUCUAAUCCUAUUAGGGGAAUUUGACGGAGGGGAGUCUUACGAUCCCGCUCUCCUCAUGUUUUAAACACUGCCAGCGUGCACCCUCCAGCUCAAAAGGGCACAGGACCAAAGGGACUAGUUCUAUAAUUUGCCUCAAUCCGCAGCUAAAGCUGCAGCCUGGAUCUCCCAGCUUCCUCGAGAGGAAGGAUUGCCUUGACGAAGGUCCCAAGGCACGGAGGGCUCUGUGGCAGAGGGGGGAAUGAACCCAGGCAUCGGUGCCCAGUUCAGUUCUCCCCCCGCCCCGCCUUGUCCAGCUCAGGUCAAGUAGGUCGGGGCAGGACUUCUGCUACCGCCCGCGGCGCCUCAGGCUACAGGCGGGCCGUGCAUGGGCCGCCGCCACAAGGGAAGGAGAAGGGGGCGUUGAGCUGGGAGGCCAGCAGGCAGACGCUCGUUACUCCUCCCCUCAGCCAGGCAAGGGGCGUCUCUGGCGAACGGAGGCCGGGGCUCUGGGGCGCUCCCCCCGCCUCGCUUGAAAAACAAUCACACACCGACCCACCACCGAGCAGCGGCUGCCGUCUGUCCCCCGGAGGCAGGAUCCAUGGUUCCCGCAAGCGGUUGUAGCUUCCUGGCCCUCAGCGUCCUGCUCCUGCAGGCCGGCGCUUUGGGUGAAUAUUGUAGGGAAUAUACAGAUUCUGAUGGACGCACAUAUUCUGAAAAAUCCUGCCCACAGUUCUGCUGUGGAAACUGCAUCAGCCGAUAUUGCUGCUUGGAUAGGUCAUAUAAAUUUGGAGAAGAUGAACAAUUUAUGUGUAAUGUGCUGGACGACAGGACAUAUCAACCCGUCAAGGAAGAAACGUUGAAGUUGCGUUCACACUUUGAUGAUGACUGGGGACCCGGACCCAGUUUUGGGACCUUUGUGGCUAUAGGGGUCACCAUCUUUGUGGUGUUCGUAGUCACUGUCAUUCUGUGCUUCACCUGUUCAUGCUGCUGCUUGUAUAAAAUGUGUCGGAGGCAACAGCCUGUAGUGACCACCACAACUUCCACCACAGUGGUCCAUGCACCAUAUCCCCAGCAGCCCGGGAUACCACCUGGUUACCCAGGGGCACCCUAUCAAGGAUAUCAUCCUGUACCAGUCCAGCCACAACAUGGAAUGCCAGCAGCACCUUACCCAACACAGUAUCCUCCACCUUAUCCAACGCAACCUUCAGGACCACCAGCCUACUCUGAGACAGUGGCAGUUGGUGCUGGAGCGCCCUACCCAGUCAAUCAACCCCCGUACAAUCCUGCUUACAUGGACCCUCAGAAGCCCACCUAUUGAAUGGAUUUUCUAUUAUGCCUCUGUGCAAAACUUUUUUGUAAAGUAUAACGUGUGCUGUUUAAACCAUACAGCUGUAGCACAUUUUCGUAAAAUGCAGCAGUCCCUCGUCCCUCUGUAAAGAGAGAAAUCUAAAUCAGUAGCUUUUUAAAAUACACUGAGCUCAGCAAGAAAAAGAAUUAUCACUUGAAGUUCACUCCAUACCUCAGGCAAAUACAACAGGAGAAACUUGCUCAAAUUCCAGUGACAAAAGGGUGAAAAGGGAAUAGUUCAGAUAUAAGAAGCAUGGUAAUGUGUAUUGUGCAAUAAUUUGAAGGGUGGGUUCAAAAAGAAUGAUCAGAAAUAAGUUAAACAGUCGUAAGCACCCAAAGCUGUAGCAUUCAUGUGCAUAUUAUUAAAAUAUAAGAACCUAACUGUCAGAAAACUUUAGUAAAAUUUGAUCUUCCUGUUUUCAAGUUAACAUGAUGAAUUAAGCUACACUUAACUUAGUGAUUUUAAAAGGGAAAUUUCCUUUGCUGGAAUAGAAUUGUCUUCAGAAAGGGAUAGUGGAACAUGUUCUUAUAGCUUUUUUUCCACACUGGUUGCAUUUAUUUUGUGCCCAUAAGGCAUGCGCUUGAUCUAUUCCUUUCCAAUUUUAAAACUCAAAACGUGUCAAGUCAUUAGGUGUCUUUUCACUUCCUUUGUUUAAUUCUCUGUUAUCCCUGGCAAAAAACAAACAAACCAACCCUCCAUUGUUCAAUUAAAUAAACAUGUCAAAAAGCUGAAAACCUAAGAACGCUGCAUGAGAAUUUUUGCUUCAUUAUUGCAAGUUUUGACUACGUUUUGAUGAUGAUGGAAAAAAAUUUCACCUUGACGGAACCAAGCAUUGUCCCUGUGAUGAAAACACUGCUUCUCAAACUUGCAGAAGAACAGUCUGGCCCAGUGCUAAAUCCUGCUCACUUAAGAGAAAGGGAGAUGUGCCUCAUGUGCCUGCCAGCAAGAUCAAGCCCUGGACAUCUUGAGUGUGGUUUUUUACACUAAGAUAGGAACUUUAUAAGGAAGACGCCUCUUCCAAUAAAAUUAAAUCUUGACUUAAAAAAUACUGGGGAAAAAAAAAUCUCAACAUGCUGUACAGCAAAGACCAAAUCCUGCUAUCCUCCCAAUUUCCACGGAGUGUAAUGGGAGUUUGGACUAAGUAAAGAUGGCAGGAUUUGGCCCUAGAGAUGCAAAGGAGCUUACUUCAGGGAAAAUUGCACAUGUACAGGGAGAAAAAUUGUCUAUCAUAAGUGUCUUGUUAAAAUGUUGACUUUUAUAACCCAUCGUAAUUGUGACCAGUCACAGCAUUACUUUCAAUUUUAGAAUUUAUUUACCAAACCAGUCACAAUUUUAGACACACUGCACAAUCUGAUUUUUUCAAAAGCCCUCAACAACUCUUCUCUAAAAUUGAAAUAGGCUUUUAUUGUCCAGUGAUGAAACUAAUCAAUUAACUGUUACUUCAGUGGAGCUGAACUGAUGGAAUAUUAUGACAUUACUCUCAUUCUGGUUUCAUUUGUUUAGAGAUGUUUACAAGCUGCUUGUUUUGGGGUCCUGUACUUGUGAUAGGUUAAAUAUAAAUAUAUAUCAAGUUUGUUUGUACAGACAUGACCUUGUCACUGAUAGUGUUGUUUAUCUUGCCUCUAACUGCAGAAUUCCUGUGGCUGAAACUAACUUUCAAAAACAGCUUUGACUAUACUUCAACUUAGUAUCAGACAGUAGGAAUAGAAAUUAAAAGGCAGUCUAUGCUUGGAUUUUUCAACCUUCGUUUGAGAUGGCCUCCAGGGAAUUUCACAAACUUUCAGCAAGUGUCCAGCAUUCCGAUAGGAGACUCUGUGUCUGCCUUGUUACAUAGCACCAAGGGGAGCACUUGUGCUAAUAAUAUUAAAUGGGGCCAUGAAACAGGCACAAAGAGGGAGUUGAGUUAUACAGUGCACAGUGCAUUUUCUUCCCUGCUUCGCAACCAGAAGAUGGGGUAGCACCUCACUGUAAAUACUGCACUUUUGGAGCUGUGUGGGAACAGCUGGAGAGGAGGGGGAGACAAGCUGAGAAGUUUCUGCUGGGGUAUGUUCCUCUAGAAAUCCCGUAUGUCUUAUGCCAGAUAACACUUCAGAAAAUAAUUCCUUUUCUGUAGCUUCUACCAGUGUGGGUGGCUGGACGAUUAGGAGUGCAGAGGUGCAGUAGAGGGGACCAAGAUCAUCACAGAAACCAGAUUAGACAGCUGCCAGGGUAGAGGCUGAACAGAAAGGGGCAGCUAUUCAGCACAGAUGACCUGAGGCCCUCAGAGUUGGGGCUGGGAUUUUCCAUAGUAGUUUGGUUCUUUGAUUACAAAGCUGGGGCCUCUGCAUUUUUGUCCUUUCUUCUGCUUAAAGUGGUAACUCCAGUGAGGUGUGGUACAAUUUUGGACAUAACUAUUCCUCUUGGGCUUUCCCAUUUAAGGGAAGAGCAUGGCACAAGGUGAACUUUGUGUGUAGGCAUAUAUCCUGCCUAUGUGACUUACAAUCCCCUAGCCCUGAGAAAAUAGUCCAUAUACAGAGGAUCCAUAGUAGAGAUAUUGUAAACCAGAUACUGUACAAUGGACAGUCAGGAUAAUUUCAGGAUGGUGAGAGAGACAUGCUAUCUGAGGAUAGGAGAAUAUCAUGUGAUUAGGGGUAGGAUAAGAACUGCAUGUGUGGUAUCCUUUCCUCACUAUGUAUAUAUUAAUGGGAGCUGUAUGUUAGUAAUGAAGAAUUGCUUAAUGAAUUAAUUACUCCUGGAGCUGGACAGGGUGAAGGAGGAGGAAAUGGGUGCAGAUUUGUACAUUUUCCUGUUUCAUAGUGGAAGUACUUAACUCAAUUUCUCAUUCUUAGUGUAUAGUGAGUAUUAAUCAUAGCUAAAAGAUGGACAUUGGACCAAAAUCUGUUGUUUCCAUGUAACCCAGUGAAUUCUGUUUCUAUGUAACUCAUGUAGUUAUGUUAAUGGUGGGUGUAAUUAAGAGCAGAAAGUCUUAUUUUAUGCAUUGAUAACACGUUAGUCAAAAGUAGCUUAUAUAUUGCAAAUGUAAAACUGAUAGUGUUAAGGGAGAGGGGGGAAUGGAAUUCAAACUUUACAUGUUUCAAAAGUUGUGUUUUUAUAAACUCUGUAAGUGCCUUUAUUUCAAAAAGUAGUGAAUUAAAUACAGUAGAAUAUUCUGUUGUACUAAUAUACCAUAUAAUUUAGGGUUUUUUCUCAAUUAUAACCUUGCUUUGUAAGUAGUUUGUAGUUACACGUGAGAAGUAUUCAGAAGAACUGGCAUAAAGUCUGUACAUCUAUUUAUAAUAAAUGCAAAUGUCUGAAGUA